GAUUUUUCAAUAUUCGCCUUACUUCAUCAAACUAUUAACAAAAAACUCAUAGCAGACAAAGCUAAAUUAAGGAAACAAAUCAUUACAGUAACAGUACUAUAUUAUAGUACUAAUUAUACUCAAAAAUUUACUGUACUUUCCUUCACCAGAAAACUACAGUCCAUCGUCGGUGCUUGUCUCUUCCUUUCUUCUUCCCAUCUGUCGUCUAUUCUAUUCUUUUUCUCUCUUUCUCACGUAAUUACACGCAUUUGACUCCCAUGACACUAGCUUUUCUCCUCCUCUAAAACCCCCCAAUUUCUCUCUGUAGAAAGAGGAGCUGAAUUGGGUGCUCCAUUAGCCAAAUAUGGGUCCAGACAGCAGUUUCGCAGCUCAGAAAAGAGGUGGUGGAGCACUACCUACCACCGCCACUCCCAACGGCGGCCGUGCCAGUUCCGUCUUACCUCGCGGCCGACAGAUCCAACGUACUUUCAACAACAUUAAGAUCACUAUUCUUUGCGGCUUCGUCACUAUCCUUGUCCUACGUGGCACCAUUGGUUUCGGCAACCUCGCAUCCUCCGGAAGUGAUGCUGAGAAUGCGAAUCUUAUCGAAGAGACUAACCGGAUCCUCGACGAGAUCCGAUCCGACAAGGACCCGGAUGACCCGGUUGACCAGUCCGAUAGUUUUUUCCGACUUAAUUCAACUUACAGUUUAGGCCCGAAGAUUACUACUUGGGAUGCCGACCGCAAAUUCUGGCUUCAGAAAAACCCUGAUUUCCCUAAUUUUAUUCAUGGUAAGCCUCGAGUUUUGCUGGUAACUGGCUCUCCCCCAAACCCUUGUGAUAAUCCAAUUGGGGAUCAUUACUUGUUGAAGGUUAUAAAGAACAAAAUUGAUUAUUGUAGGAUCCAUGGGAUUGAAAUCGUUUAUAAUUUAGCUCAUUUGGAAAAGGAAAUGGCUGGGUACUGGGCUAAAUUGCCCUUGAUUCGCAAGCUAAUGUUGUCUCACCCUGAAGUAGAAUGGAUUUGGUGGAUGGACAGUGAUGCCUUAUUCACUGAUAUGGUCUUUGAGAUCCCUUUUUCCAAGUACAAUGAUCACAAUCUUGUUAUUCAUGGCUACCCUGAUCUAUUGUUUGAUCAGAAAUCAUGGAUUGCAUUGAACACUGGUAGUUUUCUAAUUAGGAAUUGCCAGUGGUCUCUUGAUUUGUUGGAUGCGUGGGCGCCAAUGGGGCCUAAAGGUCCUGUUCGUGAAGAAGCUGGGAAGGUUUUGACGGCUAAUUUAAAGGGUAGACCAGCAUUUGAAGCGGAUGAUCAGUCUGCAUUAAUAUACUUGUUGAUGUCACAGAAGGAUCAGUGGAUGGACCAGGUGUUCAUUGAGAAUUCCUACUAUCUACACGGAUAUUGGGCUGGGUUAGUUGAUAGGUAUGAGGAGAUGAUUGAGAAAUACCAUCCAGGUUUGGGGGAUGAGAGAUGGCCGUUUGUGACACAUUUUGUGGGAUGCAAGCCAUGUGGGAUUUAUGGAGAUUACCCUGUUGAGAGGUGCAUGAAAAGUAUUGAGAGGGCUUUCAAUUUUGCAGAUAAUCAGGUGCUUAAGUUGUAUGGGUUUAGACAUAAGGGCUUGUUGAGCCCUAACAUCAAAAGGAUUAGGAAUGAAACUGAUAAUCCGCUGCAGUAUGUAGAUCAGUUAGAUGUUCGACAUGCAAAGCAUGAGAGCACAGGACCUCAGAGCUAGUGACUUCACCAGCUGUCUGCACAGAAGAAUCUGCAGGGUGCAACUAUGGUUUUGAUCUGUCUUGGAUGAGAAUGGCACUCUUGGAAUGAGGUGCGAGUGCUUCAUCUGGUUGUUAUACUUGGGUGGUGAAGCCUUGCAUCAUGGGGGAUUGAAUAUGCCUUUUAUUUGUUCUCCCAAGGAGGAAGUUUGUGUUAGUUUUGUUUAUUUAGCAACAUUUUAGUUUCUGAGAAAGCAGUUUGAGCUGUAUGAAAUGAUGUACGUGGAAAGGAACAGCUGGAAUCAAAUAGAAUGAUUAGAAUUUCUAGAUAGUUUCAACAUAAGUUACUCACUCUUAACCUGGGAGGUUUAAGAUGUGUAUCACACUUGUAUAAUUGCAAUUCUUGGUUGUUUUUUUAAAAUUUAUGAUUUUUUUGGGUAUAUCAUAGUCGACCAUAAAGAAGUUAUUUGAACUUGGAAAUGAA